ACAAACCCCAUCUCAGUCUCUUCUGUCGUCCCGUUAACUAUCAAUCACAAUGCCUGUCAGGCCCCCGCAGAAGUCGUUCAUGAAGCACUGGUUCGCCAUUGAGGCGAUCCCGAUCUACGCUAUCAUUGGCGGCGUCAUCGUGGGCGGGUCCUGGUACCUCACCCGCCUUGCGCGUGGUCCUACCGUCGUGUGGACUAAGGACAACCCAACGCCCUGGAACAAGAUUCAGCCCGACGAGGGUACAAAGCUGAUCAGCGUCAACCAGAAGUUCGAGAAGAGCUGGUCGCGCGACAAGUGGUAGAUCACUCGAUUUCUACGGAUUGUUGGGGAACCGUAGAGCCGGCUACUCCUAUCCCUGUAAACGGCGAACUCUGCAAUAUCAUGUUUCUGCCUGCGUGACGUUACUCCCGCGUGACCAUGCUAGCGUGAUCGCUCCAUGCGAUCGCGUUCUGCCGCUCUGA